AUGGAAUUUCUCUUUCAGUGGGACAUAAGGGGCAACAGGGCAUGGAUUAAAAGCACAAUCCAGUCUUUUUACUACUUUGGUCAUAUGACUGGAUCAUUGUUAAGCGGUAUGAUAAGUGACAAGUUUGGUAGAAAACGGGUAUUUUACUUAGCCAUUGUAACUCAAAUAUCAUGUGGCAUGCUGAUGAGUAUCGCUCCUACAUGGUGGCUUUUUGCUUUAUUUAAAUUUGGUACUGGCAUUUCGCACCCAGGAGUUUACGCUGUGGCUAUAGUGUUGGGUACGGAGCUUGUUGGACCAAAAUAUAGAGGAAUUGUUUCUGUGGGAACUGCAACAUUCAUAGCGCUAGGAGAACUUCUCUUGGUACUCAUGGCUUAUUUCAUUUCCGACUAUCGUGUACUCCAAGCUGCUAUCGCAUUACCAUCUCUCUGCCUACUUUCUUAUUGGUGGCUAGUGCCGGAAAGCAUACGAUGGCUAGUAGUUAAGGGACGAUUUAUGGAAGCCGAUCGAGUACUAAGAAAGGCUACCCAAAUAAACAGAUCAACGUGGGAGCAGCUGGAAAAAAAUCAGAUUGGCAGUAAUCAAAGCACCUACACUAUACUGGACCUUAUGCGCACACCA